CCUUACCCCCGACACCAAGCCAGCGGGACAUAUCUGGUUAAGGCACCAGAGGGCAAUGGUCCUCAGGGGGAGGCUGGUCCUGGGACUGCACACUUUGAUGACCCUCCUGAGCCCCCGGGAAGUUGGGGCCAUCAAGGGGAUCAGCUCAGUGUCAGAACAGGACUCUUGAUGGGGCACAGCUCAGAGACUCAGCCCAUCACACCUGAUGGAUGAGAGCUGGUACCUUUUCUUCUCUCCCCCGACCCUGAACUCACCCAACACAGCUGACCACAUGGGCUCCUAUGGACCAGCCUUCUACCAGUCCUAUGAUGGUGCGGGUCAGUUCACCUAUGAUUUCGAUGGAGAACAGCUGUUCUCUGUGGACCUGAAGAAGAGGGAGGCUGUGUGGCGUCUGCCUGAAUUUGGCAACUUCGCCUACUUUGACCCGCAGAACGGGCUGUUCAGUAUCGCGAUGAUCAAAGUGCAUCUGGAGGACUUGGUGAAGCGCUCCAACCGCACCAGAGCCCCCAACGUGCCCCCUAGAGUGGCCGUGCUGCCCAAGUCUCGUGUGCAGCUGGGCCAGCCCAACGUCCUCAUCUGCAUCGUGGACAACAUCUUCCCCCCGGUCAUCAACGUCAGCUGGCUGCGCAAUGGCCAGCCCGUCACCGAGGGCGUGACUCAGACCAGCUUCUACGCCCAGCCUGACCACUCGUUCCGCAAGUUCCACUACUUGACCUUUGUGCCCUUGGCGGACGACUUCUAUGACUGCAAGGUGGAGCAUUGGGGCCUGGACCAGCCAAUCUUUCAGCACUGGGAGCCCCAGGUGCCCACCCCGCUGCCUGACACCACAGGGACUCUGGUCUGUGCCCUCGGCCUGGCCCUCGGCCUGGGGGGCUUCCUCGUGGGCAUCACCCUCAUCAUCACAGGUGAUGGCCCUUCUGAGAGAAACAAGUGUGAGACACCGUUCAGCUUUCUGGCAAGUUUCUGAUGGCCCUUGCCUGCUCAGUGCCAGACUCCACCAAGUUCAUCAUGCUGACUUUGAAUGGGAUCAACCCCUGUCCUAUAAGUCUCCUCCUUUUUGGCCCCCAUACUCAUGGCAGGGAAUUGUGGGGAACCAAUGAGCUCCCUUUCCCAGCCCCAACACACACACACAUACACUUUAUUGAUCUACCCAAAGCCCUGGCCAGCAGCAGUAAACUUUUAAACAAUUUUGCACAGUGUCCAUCUUCCCAGGCCUUAGCCAAUUCUCUAAGGGGGUAAGGGACACUAGGGGGCCUCCAGGUGGCUCAGUGAAUAAAGAAUCUGCCUGCAGUACAGGAGAUGUGGGUUUGAUCCCUGGAUCAGGACGAUCCCCUGGAGAAGGGCAUGGCAACCCACUCCAGUAUUCUUGCCUGGAGAAUCCCUGUGGACAGAGGAGCCUGGUGGGCUACAGUCCAUAGGGUCACAAAGAGUCGGAUAUGACCGAAGGGAUUGAGCAAAGGACCCUAGGGUCUGGAAGAGGGGAUUUCUGGUGAUGGCCAUUGAGCAUGACCUGCUCCUGGGGACUGGCAUUCAUUCAUGGGCCAAUCUAGCUAUGUCCUGCUCCAUCUGACUCAUCAGUGUGGGGCCCCUUGUGGGUCACUUGUGAAUGGACCAUUUCACACGGACGUCAUGAACUUUAUAUCCUGAAUUCAGAUUUGCCCCCAAAGGGAUGCAGAGUAUUCUGUUCUUUGUAACUCCCCCAACCAAUGACAGUUCUGAAGGAUGCCAGGCGAGGGAACAUUCACAGAAAUUUCACUCUUGCCCAGAUUUACCGUCAUGAAGAGGCCAUUGGUAUCCAGCUGUGGCCUAGACGCCAUCUCCUUUUCCGGCAUUUGAUAACGUUCCAUGCAUGACAAAUAGCAGCCAAGGCUUGGGUAGGAUGGCCACAUCCUCCAUCUGAGGUCCAUCACAUCAGGUAGGAGGGUAGAAAGUAGUGAUCUACUACCUUUCAAGGUAGCUGUGAGAAGGGAGGUCUAGGAGAGAUCCGUCUGAAUCCUCUCUAAAUCUGUGGCCUCGGGCUUCCCAGGUGGCGCUAGUGGUAAAGAACGUGCCUGCAUAAUACAGGAGACAUGAGACGCAGGUUCAAUCCCUGGUUCUGGAAGAUUCCCUGGAGGAGGGCAUGGCAAUCCACUCCAGUGUUCUUGCGUGGAGAAUUUCAUGGACAGAGGAGCUUGGCAGGCUACGGUCCACAGGGUCGCAAAGAGUCGGACGUGACUGAAGCGAUAGCAUGCACGUAGAAGGUUCUAGUUUACUGUGAACAAAAUUUAAAAUACACCCAAAGCAAUAGCUAACUCUACAAAGUAGUUUAUGAAGUGAAGUGAAAGUCGCUCAAUCGUGUCUGUCUCUUUGCCACCCCAUGGACUAUACAAUUCAUGGAAUUCUCCAGGCAAGAAUACUGGAGUGGGUAGCCUUUCCCUUCCCCAGGGGAUCUUCCCAACCCAGGAAUUGAACCCGGGUCUCCCACUUUGCAGGCAGAUUCUUUACCAGCUGAGCCACAAGGGAAGCCCAAGAAUACUGGAGUGGGUAGCCUAUCCCUUCUCCAGGGGAUCUUCCCAACCCAGGAAUCAAACCGGGGUCUCCUUCAUUGCAGGCAGAUUCUUUACCAACUGAGCUAUUAUAUCAGGUACCAAAUGAGUGGUACAGAUUGGUGGUUUUCAAACUGAAUACACAGAAGAAUCACUUGGGAGCCUUUUGAUGAGUACAGGCUACUCCCAGAUCUACUGAAUGAGUGUCUCUGGGGUGGAGAGAGUGGUGACAGGGACUCUGUAAUUUUGAACAUGCUCCAGAUGGCACUGAUGAAGCUGUUCUGGCCCCAGGCUGGGGUCUGGGAAUGGAGACUGGCUGGUGCCAUCAGAGAUCGUUGGAAAGGGGAUCCCUGUGGUCUGAGUGAUUCGGGAAGACUUUCUGGAAAACCUGGGCCUGUUAGGGCAUAGAAGUCGAGCGAGGGACUUCCCUGGUGGUCUUGUGGUUAAGACUCUGCCCUUCCAACGCAGGGGAUGUGGGUUUGAUCCCUGGUUGGGGAACUAAGCUGUCACGUGCCAGGUGGCACAGCCCUCUUCCAAGAAAGAAGCUGAGCGUAAUACAGGUAUGUAGGGGCAAGAGAGGAUUUGGAAUUGUGAGCACUUUGUCCUGGAAAAGAAAGAAACCAAGAGAUUACGGGGACUCCGGGGACUUCCCAGGAGAGCGUGAGGUGGGGAAUCAAAGGCCAGAAGAGGACUUGGGUGGGAGUGAGGGAGGGUUGUCCUAGGCGUGAUUUUUGUUUGCCCGUCAGUCAUGGAAACUCUAUUAGAAUAAUUACAGACACAAGAGAGGUUAUUUGCUAUAAAGACGCCGGAGUGGUGCCCAGAACCCAACCGUGGGUUUGAGUCAGGCCCGCAGGGGGCAGAACUCAGAACUGAAGAGGCCGCAGAGCCCAGCGCCCGGCCCUCUCUGGCCACGAGCCUUGCUCUCUAGGUUCCUGGGCGCGUCGGCCGUGUUCUCUCGGUGAGGACUGACUGUCCUUUUCAGCUGACCUGUCGAUCCUGUGGGUCCUGUGUGUGUAUGUCCCCUCGGCUCUAGCCUCCCACAGAGACUGUGUCUCUCAGUCACAAUUUAAAGUUUUUGAAAAAACAAAUGAUUCCCCAAACUUAGGGAAAGUGUCCACGCCGGCCCAAGGCAAUCAGAUCCCAUGGUACAAACGUGAUGGCUGGCGCCCACCUCUGGGGUGAGGAGUCGGGUUGGUCUCAGAGAAAGAAGAGGGUCUCGGAAGACACCGUGAGAGAUGUCUGUCUCUAUCGCUCCCUGAUCUCUGUUGAUCUUUUACUUAAAACUUGAUGCAUCCUUGGAAAAGUGUUUCUCUGCUCUCUGUCCUAAUGUUUAAUAAAGUUGUUAAAAUUGUC